CCGAUGAGAUGAAGAGGGCAGGAGAUCAAGCUGCUCACAUAUUUACGCAGCGUACGCUUCAUAUACGGGCUCUCGCUUUGUGAAAUAGCCGGUCUCAAAGCCGAGCGGGGUCUCAGAGCCGGGGUUUGAUUAAAGAGCGCUCAGAGCUCAGAGCUUUGAUUGAGGGUGAUUACUUCUGUCUGUAGCUUUUGCAGUCCUAAGUGCAGCCCCAGCUUUCAAGUGUUUUUCUUGUUGUUAUUUCUGCUUCUGUUUUUAGUUCAGAUGAUGCAUCUAGUGCUUUGAUUGUCGGUUCACCAGCAGGGACCCUGUGGCAAGAUUUGGACCAGCAUGACAGACAGCAGACAAUUUAUUCAUCACUCAAAGUAGAAAGGAUAUUAGCAGGCGAAAUUAUCCUUUGAAAGCCCCUGCAGUAAAUCCUAAACCCUGGUCUGUUUUUUUUUUUUUUUUAUGCUAUUUGGAGAUAUCUGCCAUCCUUUACUCAGUCUAGGACAAACGCCUGCUAUCAUUAUGAAUCAGUCUGCUGUCGAUUUCAUUCUAUAAAUGCCAGAUGUUGAAAGAUUUCUGAUUUUAUUGAAAAUACGUAUUUGUAUCUCACACUCAAAGAAUCACAGUGACAAAUUAUUUUCAGGGAUAUGCUUCAUUUACGUUUUUGCUGAUAAAUCUUUCGUUAAUCGACAAAAUUUGAACCUGUAUGAGUAUGUACAAGAUUCCCAAAUCAACUUCUGAGAAAUAACAAAAUGCCACCUCAACCUGUGUGACCUCUCGCCAUUUCCACUAUUUGUCACACACAGAGGUCUGGUCUGUUCUUGCUCACUCAUAUACGGAGACUAAGUGAUUAAAAAAAAAAAGGCUAAAAAGGCCGCGUGUCAGGAUGAGGAGACACCGACGUUGCUAAGUAAGGGAUUUCCCUUCGCUAAGGUUUUUACAUAAUCUCCCAUAAUGACAGGGUUUCAGAUGCAGUGAUGGAUGUGGGGGUUUCCCCUCUCUCCGUCUGCUGUGACCACGUUCUUGCACAUGGACCUUUUUCCUAUCAGAUGAACUCCUCCUAACUGUCUCUCAGUCGAUCUGUCGGAGUUUCUUUCAGUGGAAAUCGUCGCAGAUUUCAUUCUGGCUCCUCGGAUGUGAAGACUUGCUACGUUUUUGUGUCUUAUAUGGCACUGAAACGUGUUUGAAUCUUAAACAAAACACAGUGAUUGAAGGCUGCACCUUGCUCUUGGAAAAUAGAGUAGAACAGAAUAGAAAAGUACUACGUGACCUCAACAAAAAUGGGCUGGAACUUUUUUCUCCUAUGAAGUAUGGCCUUUAUGUAUUGGAAGAGCUUUGCGCGAUGUGAAAACCCAACACCAGUAGAACAUCGUGUCCUAGUUGGUUACAUUAAAACGAGUUGAUGGUGGUUUCGAAGCAGUCGGCUGCAGGAAGCGUUUCCACAUCAAUUACAGACGUUCUCUUCAUCGGGGCUUCACAUAAUGAAGUUUGUUAGGCUCUUGUCUAUCCAUGUGAUUCAUGCCUUGCGGUGAUCCGUGUUUGUUAUUCUUAGGUGUCCAUGGAUAGCAGAAAGCGGCCCGCGGCUUCCUCCGCCUCGGGGAGUUUGGUGUUCUGGUCCUCUUCUUUCCCGCAGCAGCCCGCCAGAGUCCUGAUCGUGGAGGCGGCGCCGCCCUGGUGGUCGGAGACCUGCGCGAUGCUUUGCGACGCUCUGGAUAACUUCUUAUCCCUGGCCUGCAGCCUGGACGGGCCCAGCAGGAUACCGCUGCUCAGCCUGUACGCAAUCAGCAGGCAGCAGGAAUGUCUACUUCCAUUUGUGCAGGUUCGCGGUAACUUGGCCAGGCUGCAUUCCUGCGUCGAGGAGCUGAGGUCUAUCCCGUGUGAGGGUUUCAUCAGGGGAGCGACCAGAGGAGGCGAUCUGCUGCGACAGGCAGUGCUGGACAGUCUGCAGCAGUUUAAACAGUACAUCAGACACACCAGCGCAGGCAGCGGCAACAUAUCUGUGGAGAUAACGGUGGUGACCAGCCAGCCCGGCCGCGGCGUCGUCCACCAGUUGGAGACGGGGCUCAAAGACGCCGACCUGAUGUCCCUGAAGCGUCUCCUGGUGGUGGAGGUCCACAGUGCCGCUGACUGGGACCGAGACGGUCUUUCACCGGAGGCCGCGCACGUUGAGACUGAAGCCUGCGACAUUACUCAAAGCAAACCCUCCGACAUCUCGGAUGACGUUCUCUAG